UGCACUUUAUUCAUUUUAAAUCGUCUGCUUUUUAAGUGCAGUUCUGGGGACUUGAACUUAAGUGUUACACUGCAUAAGUACGUUGAAGAAGAAAGAGCAAUUGAUAUGGAAAUAAUUGAUUUAUCAUUGCUGCCCGUUAUGUGUGCACUUUGUUUUACUGUAUUUCAGAUCAACUGUGCCUGUACUGUAAAUUACGAUAUCAACUCAUGCCAUUUGCUUUUGUCUCUAAAUGGCACAAUAUCUGGGGAUCACUGUUCAAAAGCAGAGAGCAUGGAUUUGGAUUAUACCUUUAGAAAUCUGCAAACUUUUCCAGGAAAUUUAUGUGAUUUUCCCUUCAUAAAACUGAUUCGUCUUUCGGACAACCUGCUCACAGGUAUUCCAUCUCUGUCUUGUCUCCCAAACUUGGAGGUUCUGGAACUUUCUAGGAAUAAGAUCAGUUCUCUCAGAAAAGCUUCGCUGAUACACAACAGAAAUCUGGGGUAUGUUGACUUAUCGUAUAACUUGAUCACAUACAUAGAGACGGGGGUUCUGGAACUCUCAACCUUUCACACUAUCAUUCUGAAAGGGAAUUUUUUAAUGUCCCUUGAUGUCAGAGAUUUUGCCAUUGUGAGGCCAUUCUGUUUGAUGGAUUUCUCCUACAACAACUUACAGGUUCUAGUUAACAACUACAAGUGGACGGUGAACAAGAGUGUCAGCUAUUCUGGAGGGUUUAUUGACGCAACAUACAAUAACAUCCAAGAACUUCCAAACUGGAAAAAAGUGGGAUUUCCAAAUCUUUCCGAUGUCGGGAAAAUCAUUUAUUUUGGAAUUGACAUUCGGUAUAAUCCUAUUACUUGUGACUGUAGAUUAGCAGAGCCUCUAGUUUAUUUUAAACCAUUAACAAAGCACAUAGAUCGAACUUAUUUCUAUAUGUCUUGUCAGAAUCCACCAGCUUUAAAAGGAAGUUUAAUUAUAAAUUUUCUGGACGGAGAUCGGAUUUCAGAGCUUGUUUGUGAUUACACAGGUACACCAUUGUGUCCUCGUGGCUGUUCCUGUGUAAAGACACCAAGAUAUUCGAGCGCUGGGGAGACCCAGCUGACUUUCACUUUGAGCAUAAACUGUUCACAGUCGAAAAUUCAACGAUUACCACACAUCCUACCAGAAAUUAAUGAAAUCGAAUUUUACCUCCAUGGAAGCUUUAUCGCUCACAUUAAAGAGGAACAUUACUUGCCUCGUGUCUCUGUUAUGGAAUUGUCAAACCUGCCUUCCUUUGAGCAUGGAGCCUUAGGAAAAUUGAAAAGAUUAAAAGAAUUUUCUACUUCCAGAAAAGCACAGUUUUAUGGUAUACCGCGUGAGUUUUCUUGUUUUGAUCCGUGUAUUUUUCUGCAGAAGCAGGAUUUUAUUGUAAACUGUACCUGCUCACACCGAUGGAUGUAUGAAUGGCUGGUGACUAGAAAUGGAAACUGCAGUACAGGAUUUGCUUUUAAGUGUAUGGUUGGAAUCAGCGCCGAGAAAAUAAUAACAUACAUUCCACACAUGGAUUGCCAAGAAAAAUCUAAUAACUCAAUUUAUAUUUUAUUAUUUAAUUGUUCUUUCCUCGGUAUAUGUGUAGCUGUAUUUGCUGCCGCUGUUUAUAGAUAUAAGUAUGAAAUAAGGCUCAUCUAUAGAACCUCAAGGGCGUGUAAACGACCAUCAUCUCAGAGCGUGUUGGACCAAGACUGUGUUGUGUUUGUUUCCUACGACGGAGAAAAUCAAGACCUUCAUUCAUGGAUACUUAAAUCACUAGAACCUUUUUUGAUCCUGAAAGGCUUUCAUGUUUUCCUACCGACACGUGACCUGACUCUUGGAAGUGUUCGAUCUGACGAGACAGCAUGGCAGAUCUCGGUGUCGAGGUUUUACAUAGUGCAUCUAUCUGACAAUUACUUAAACGAAGACUCUCUGUAUACGUAUAAGGAGUGGACUUGUAUUUGGGAAAGUUAUUUGGCGGAUAGCAGAAAGAGGCUGCUCGUUAUCAACUACGACCUUAUCGGUCCCGCAGAUACAUCCUGCAAUAAAAUGAAGUCCUUUUUGCACGCUGGAGAUGUUGUCAGUUUUUCAAAAGGGGAGAAUUUGAUGUUUUCAAAAAUAUCAAAGACUCUUCGCUAGAUUAGGAGACUUAUCAAAGAAAUCUUGAUAAAUAGGUUAUCUGAUUACAAAAAUUCUGAAAGACCAGUAGAAAUAUAAAGAUUUCUACUAAGUAGUCUACGUAGCGUCAUUCAGAAUGUGUGCUGUUUUACCACCGUCGAUUCAUUUUUUUCACUUCAGUAGAAACUUCACCGUACACUGGUUAAGGGCUUCAAAUUUAGACCUUUACUCGACACCAGGGUAACUGAGCAGUGCGGAUUCACUAUAGUGCAAACAUACAAACGCCGACUGUGACACAGGACAGAGAUUUUCAUCACUUGUGUAGGGCAAUUAUAGAGAAGGAAAAAUGAACCUUCCAAUCACAAAGCGAACGCUCUACAACUUGGUAUCCUGGCCAUUCUCAGCAAUGAAUGGGGAACUUCAGCAGUACGGAGCAUCAUCAGUUUAGGUUACAUGAUUUUCUCAAGGUUGCCGAUUAUAUUUGGUUUCGUCCGACGGGUGCAACGUCUGUUGGGCCUUAACAUUGAAAUGUCAUGAAAUGAGAACACUCAGCAAUUCCAAAAACUGUAGGAUAUCCGCUCUUUUGACGUGAGAAAGACUCUCAAGAUGAUUUAAUUCAGAAGUAUUGAAUUUGGAGAUGUUUCGUACAAGGAACAAUUUUCAUUUUAUGCUUCUCAAAUAUGAUUUUUAAGUCUUAAUUUGUUCUAGUCUUAAUUGUUCUGAUGUUCUAAAAUGAUUAUUUAUCACAAUAUAAUAGCAAUAUGUAAAUACAUGUACUUAUAAACGAUUAAGUUUAAGCAUAUCAAAGAGAGAAGUUCACGAAGACCAAGACCUUCUUCAAAACCCUGUGAAAUGAUCGUGGUUUGGGGGCACUGGAAUCUUUCCAAUUCUCUCUUUAAUAUACCGUUCACCUCUACAACCUUAAAAUUAGAAGCAGAGAUUACCUCAUUCAAAUGAAGACUAGCUUAUCAAGUUCAUUCACAGCGAUUUCUAAGGAGAUAUCACAUAUAUAGACUAAAAACACCAGAAGUCACUGCCAAGACUAGCUCUACUGAUUUGUGUGAAAUAUGAAACCCAUAUUAAUUAACUGUUUAAAACUUAUGGCCAAGGUUGAAGAUUUUAAAAAGUGGGUCAAUCAAAGACUAGCUCUAUUGAUUUGUGUGAAAUACAUGAAUGAAAUCCCUAGUAUUAACUGUUCAAAACGUAUGUCCAAGGUUAAACAUUUUAAAAAGUGGGUCAAUGAAGGUCAAA